UUGAUUGUUACUUGGGUCUUAGUUCAGAUGUUCGCAAUACGUUUCAGCUCUAGCAUAACAGUGCGCUUAAAGUACAGCACCAGUGACGUCAUAAACCAAACACCGCCUGAUUACGUCAACAUAACCGUUGUCAUCAGCGUUAACACAACAGCCGAACUUCGCAUGCAGCGUGUUCAGUAUAUCCGUCUAGACACGCCUAUCUAUACAUUGACAACUGACAAAGAUGGACGCCCGAUUCAGUCUAGAGAGUUUGUCGUCAUUCCUGAAACUAUCGGCUACUAUCAGGACGUAGAAGGUAACGCCGCCCUACAGAUUGAGAGAAUAGAUGGAACCACGGACAAUAACACUAGAAUUUCACUGAGAGGUACUUUUACUCACGAAGGAGUGGUCUACACGCUGUCACCUAGUGCACGUGCAGAGCGAGAUGUGUCCACACAGUUUGAACAUUUCGACCUACAGGAGCUCAAACCUCAUCUUGCCAACGCCUUUGAUUACGUGGUGCCCAACGUUACAGAAGACGUCAAUAUAAAUAAGGCAAGAUUUAUUGCCCCAUUGACCAAUCGUCGACGUAAACGCCAGACAAAACCCGACUACUACAUUGACGUGGUUGCUAUGGUAGACUUUGGCUGCUGGAAGAUCUUCCUCGCUAAAGCUGCGUCUGUGAGGGAUGACGCCAUCAGCAACAUACAGAAAUAUUUUUCUUUGAUUUUCAAUGGGGUUGAUAGCUUGUAUCAUAGCAUAACUACAACCAACUUCAUUCUAAACGUUAGACUGAAAAAAAUCAUUAUCUGUGAGACAUCCGAUGCAUCACCAUUCACAAACAACGCGACAACACUUGCUGAAAACUACGUGGACGGCUAUGCUGGACUGAGUAUUUUGGCUGACUACGUUAAGUCCAAUGAGGAGGCUCUAUUUAUACCAUAUGACCAUGUCAUGUUGUUUAUCGGAUACAAUUUAACCAAUCCAAAUCGCAGUGCCGAUCUACUAGGUCGAGCGUACAGGGGUUAUACCUGUACUGCUGGUGGUUGGAGCACUUCAGUUGUUGAAGAAAUGGGGGGUUACUCUUCCAUACAUACAGCAGCCCACGAGCUAGGACAUGGCUUAUCGUCAAACCAUGACGGAGAUGGCAAUACAUGCUAUAGCACUGACCGUUACAUAAUGGCGAGUUCGCGUAACUACACAGAGACGCCAGAGACAAAGCUUAACCCUUGGAAGUUCUCGACCUGCAGUGCCAGUUACUUCAGCGGAUAUGUCUCCACGCUCUUGCAGACUGAGACGGGUACGAAUUGUCUGACAACUCUACUCAGUAAAGACCCUCAGAUUCCAGACACAUCCGGUCAACUUCAACUGUUGGGUCAGCGCUAUCCGCCAUCAGAGCAGUGUGUCAUGCUAUAUGGGAACAAUUCUUAUGACUGUAGGACUAAAAGUGCCAGUGAAUACUGUAGGUAUUUGACCUGUCAAAACCCUUUAGAUCAGACGCGGUGUCACAUCAGGUAUGCCUUAGAGGGGACGUCGUGUGGUAGUGGAAAGUUUUGUAAGGGAGGCGACUGUGUGACCGACGCUGCAGCCCCUACAGUUGACGAAGAAUGUGUGUUUGGAGAUGAGACACGGAAGAAAUUUUCUGAGUAUGAGAACAAAACGUGUGCUACCCUUGUACAGGCAGAUAAAAGAUAUUGCUAUCAAGAAUACGUUUUUAAGUUCUGCUGCGCUACCUGCAAAUCUGUGAAAAGAAACGUGCCAGGGUGUGAAUAUGGAGAUAAGAUCAGCGCAUGCGUGGUAAAUUAUUGUAGCACCCAGACAAACUUACCCAUCUGCUGUGAGACGUGCAACUACACGGCACCAACUACAACAAUGGUUACAACGACGCUUGCGUCAUUCGUUGAUACAAGCACCAUGACAUCCGCAUCAACGUUGUCUCAAACUCCAACAACAGUUUCUUCAACGUCAUCGACGCCAUCAACAGUUGUACCAACAGCAUCGACAUCAACACUAGUAUCAAAAUCACCAGUACCAACAGUAUCAACUUCAGCUGUAUUCUCUACUGCGACGACGGCGGCUACAACAUUUUCAACAGACGAAAAUACAAUUACACAAAGAGUUACAAUUACUGGUUGUGAGUACGGCGACCGUAAACCCACCGCAUGCGCACUGGUCAACGCCUGUCAGACCACACCAGAACUAUGCUGUCAAACAUGUGACUUGGGCAGACAAACUGCUAGCGUCAACACCCUUAGUGUUGUUUCUGCCGGGAUCUUCUUGUUUGUUGUUCAUAUUGUAACUCCCGUAUGUUGAACAUCUAUUGCUGAGCUAUUAUCAGUCGAAUGUCUUAAGCUAUUUGAAUACGUGUGUAUAAGUGUAUGUGUAUACUGUGUGUGUGAAAGUUCUAUUUUAACCUAUUAAAUUAGUGACAUUUUAGUUUACUGUCAUAUUUUUAUUUUACUUGAUGAACUUGUAUUUUAUUGACAUAUCCUUUACUUUACUAGGUUCAUUUUUUUCAUUGUCAUAUUUUUUACUUUAUAUAGUGAAAUUGUAUUGUAUACAAGACCACCUGUCAUCCUUUGGAUAACUGGUUUCGUGGCUCAUCCAUAAAUGACAUCACGUCUGUCACUUUAUAUCUUCACAAACAACCAGACCCCAAAUUAAAAAAGACAUGAUUUCAACAUGAGCUUGGGUCUGACCACGCUAUCCCUACAUAUGCUGUGGUCACAAAAACAUGUCAACUCUACUUUACCGGCCCAGUGACCCCCGCCCCCCUCUUCCCCAAAUCAGACAUAUAUUUUCAUCUUUUGAAAAAAACGAUUUCGGCUGAGCAUGGGUCUGAUCACAUUAUCCCUUCAUAUGCUGACGUCACAGUUGAACACUACACCUACCCAAUUGUACCUCACCUGCCCAGUGUCCCGCCAAGUUCCGAUAUGCAACUUUAUCAUUAAAAUCUAAAAAUAAUGAAAAAAAAAUAACAAUGACAUGAUGUGUCUCGAACUCAUGUUUUCCCCAAGGUAACCUAUUAAACUAACGUCUUAGCUAACUAGGCUCUUUAUAAUGGUAAUAGCCCUUGUGUUAUUUCAAAUUAAAUUGUAUCCCAAAUUAGCCAACUCCACAGCCAAACAAAGAUUUAUAUAAAAUAAUUAAGGAUUUAAAUAGUUUAGUAAAGAAACGUAUUAUUGGAAUAGAUUCUAGAUAGAGCUAGAUUUAGAUGUAGAAUAUGCCUGGCUUAGACUUAAGUCUAGUUUUUCUAGAUCAUCUAGAUCUAGAACCUAGAUAGAUAAAUCCCAUGUAUUCUCGAUGUAGAUGAUAAUUAAAGCUAAAAAGCAAGGAAUUAUUUCAAAUAUUUAAGGACUAACAUAGUUUUGCAAAGAAACUAAAAAAUUGAUUGUGUUUUUAUAAUUGAUUUUAUUUUAACUAAUUAAUUUUGGUUAGACCUAGAUUCUAGACUUUAGGUCUAGAAUUGACUUCACUGCGUCCGAAAGCUUAUCUGUAAAUCUAGAGAAAUUUAUUGCAUACUCAAAUUAAAAGAACUGUUGAAAAUUGAUAAUAGUGUUGGAACCUAAUAAAAAUAGCAAACGGACAUAUCGUUAUAGCUAUAGCCGACAGAAAAUUAGCUUUAUAAAGCAUUGAACUUUUGAAUGCGCAACAAAGAUUCAAUGGAAGCCGCCAUUAUUGUUAUAAAAAGUAAACACAUCUUGUGACGUCACUAUAAGUAAAGUCAUUGUUCUGAACGUUUAUAAUUAAAGUGGUCUAUCUACCAAUGAAUAUAUCAAUACAUCAAUUAACGUCUUUAAAUAAAUUUGUGAUUAACAGUUUGUUAAAAAAGAACAUUAUUCUCUACCUAAAUACUGAUUUUACAGCUCUACACAUAGUUCAGAUUCUCUCAUGUAACCAAACAGACAAACAAACAAACAUACAGACAAAUAAAUAUACAAACUUGUAAACAAACUUGAGUUUUAGUAGUAUAUAGAUCAUAUCUUUUACGUUAUUUAGUGACAUUUUAUUUUAUUGUGAUAUCUUUUACUUUAUUUAGCGAAAUUGUAUUUUAUCGUUGUAUCUUUUACUUUAUUUAGUGACAUUUUAUUCACUCUUUCCAAAUACUUUAUUCCAACCUCCAAUACCAUCCACUAACCCCCAUACUCCCAAAACGACAUUAGCCGUUUUUAUUAAGUCCAUUCUAUAUCUGUAAACCUGCAUGCUAAUUUUUGUUCCGGUGGAAAUUUUCAGUGCCAACUAUUUACAUUCUACUCGAUCUUACUGAAUACAUUCCGGAUAUACAACGAAUAAAAUUUAUUUAUGUAUUUAUGUACUAAUUCUUUUAU